AUGUCCUGGUUAAUAUUUAGCCCGGCAGCAAGCAGCCUUUGGCCCCGCGGUCUGCUCCGGCUCAACGGCCUCAACCUGGUCCCCCUUUCCAGGAAGUACUCUACUAAAAUGUCGUCUGACUCUCAUUGGCUCUUAUCUGCUGACCGUGACCAACAUGUGAUGGAGCUGAGGGCUACGGGAUGGAUGGAGGUGGAGGACCGCGACGCCAUCUUCAAGGAGCUUCACUUUAAAACUUUCAACCAGGCAUUCGGCUUCAUGUCGCGUGUCGCACUGCAAGCGGAGAAGAUGAACCAUCACCCUGAGUGGUUCAACUCUUACAACAAGGUGCACAUCACGUUGACCACGCACGACUGCGGUGGGCUUUCCAAGCGAGACAUCAAGAUGGCCAAGUUUAUUGACAAAAUUGCUCUUUCCAUGUGA